AUGACUUCGCGGAAGUUCAACCUCCGCGCGCAGGGCACGCAUCCAGUCAACAGAGCCCUGCUCGAACUAUGCCCCACAGUUCCCAACUGCAAGAUAAUCACGGAGGGAUACAUAUUGAGAGUACAUAUGCGGCAUGAUUACGACUGGUCGACCAAAUCUCGAAGCUCGCCUUUCGCAAAAUCCGGUCUCUCGUAUACCUAUCGCGCUUUCCUCUUUAGCGUCAGCAUGAUCCCAGCAGUCCUACAGCCCGCCCUUGCGGAUAUUCCAGCCGCCAUCAACGCCGACUUGGAAUUUCAAACAUCGGCCAAUGGAGUAACCGCGAAGUUCGCCAUCCAAGAUGCCGGUUCAGAGACUGCGCUACAAAUCUCAAUCCAUGAUGGCCUAGUUACCGAGGCGCAGAUAGCUCAGCCUGCAGGGGAUGCCGAAUUUACACUCUCAGCACGCCAAGAUGACUGGAAGGAAUUUUUCGCGGCUGUUCCCCGCGCGCCAUGGCAGUCGUAUUGGGGCAUGUUGCGGGUCUUGGGGCAUAAUCCCGGUAUGCAGGUACUAGGAGAUAUGGCAUCGUUCAUUCGACACGCUCGUUUAUGGAGGAUAUCCCUUGAUCGAAUUCGAGACGCCAUUCAUUCAAGGCCACUUUCCGCAGAUCACGUCGAAUAUGAGGAAAUAACAGAAGAAGAUAGCAUAAUCGGUCGGUACGUCUGGUUAGACUCUGUUGGCUGGGGAAAGAGUAAAGUCUUCUGCGAAUCUGCCGGCACAGGCCCGCAACAUGUUUUAUUUCUCCACACAGCAGGCGCAGAUUCCCGCCAGUUCCACGCUUUGAUGAAUAAUUGUGAGUUGCAGCAACGCUGUACGAUGUUCGCCUUCGAUCUUCCGGGCCACGGACGCUCAUACCCAGGUUCAAAAACGCAACCCGAGGGCUUCGUAAACGAUGAGGAGCAAUACGUUAGUGCGAUCAAGCAAGUCAUCGAGAAACUAAAACUUCACCGCCCUAUAGUGUCAGGUGCCAGUAUGGGGGGGCAGGUGUGUCUUGCAGUGGCGCUGCGUGCGGAAGAACUAGGCGUCAGCGGCGUUAUUCCAUGUGAGGCUUGCGAUCACCUGCCACUCACUCAGCCGAUAUAUCACUUACCGGGGGAUCAAAAUGAGGCCAUUCUUAACGCUGAAAGAGUCUGUGGAAUGAUCUCUCCGACAGCUCCCAUGUCGAACAGGAAACUAAUCUGGUGGAUAUAUUCAUCCCAAGCUGUACAAAUGUUCCAUGGAGACCUGAAAUUUUACUUUCAGGGCUGGGAUGGACGGGAUCGAAUGCAUCUCAUCAACACGAAAAUUUGUCCUGUCUAUAUGCUCACCGGCGUGUAUGAUUAUUCGUGUACACCAGAGCUAAGCCGGGAAACGGCAUGCAAGAUUCCAGGAGCGAAGUUCGAAGUGAUGAGGGAUCUUGGGCAUUUCCCAAUGACUGAGAAUCCAACAGUCUUCCUAGAAUACUUUAUUAAAGGGCUCGAGCACAUAAAGAGUGCCCACUCAUUGCUCAAGGAUGAUAAAAUGUGCGCUAGAGUAAAUACCUUAGAUUUUUCAUCAAACACAAAAAAAGAGCUGUUUUACGAUAUUGUGUUGUGGCAAUUGAGUUUCGGCAUUUCGGAAAAGUGCCGUGGUGGUAGGUGGCUGAAAGGUUACUCGCGACCGGUGAUGAGAGGCUCAAGACCGACACAUUUUGCUUCAUCCCUAGAAAAUCCCACGUCCGGACAGGGUACACCGGAAUGGAGCAUAAAAAGCCGAUUCUUAUCCAAAGUUGAUUUUCGGCCAUUAGACUGA